UUUUCCGUUGCCAUUUUGGCUCAAGAGCCGCGUCGGGCUCGCGCCAGCCGCCAGCCGCCAGCCUGUCCGAAGAGGCGGGCACUCUGGGGGAUCCCCGCCCAGCAGCCGGACGCGAGAUGGCGGACCUUCAGAACAUCCUGGAGGAGUUCAAGGCUUUCGAUAAGACAGGAGAUGGCCUCAUCUCCAGGGAGGAGUUCACAUCUCUGCUGCACCACCUCGACAAGGGCGCGUGGCCCGUGGAGGACGUGGACGCCCUGUUGGACUCUUCCAACUUGGCCCGGGGUUCACAGAAGGUGCCAUACGUGGAGCUCUUCAUGUGGCUCUUUAAUUCGCAGUCCGAGGACACCUUCAACAACAUCGUGAUCCUAACAGACUCCUACAAGGUGACCCACCACUUGCAGUACCCGCCUGGCACCGAGAAGGUCUACUCGUACUUCGAGUGCCGAGGCGGCCAGUUUCCUGAAGUGUGCUUCUUCGGUCUGCAGUACUACAUCAAGAAAUACAUGACAGGACCAGUGGUGACGAUGGACAAGAUCGAUGCCGCGGAGGAAUACUUCAAGAUCCACUUCUCUCAUCCGAAGUGGGGCUACAAUGACAAGCUGUUCAAUCGUCAGGCAUGGGAGUACAUCGCGACCCAUCAUGCUGGCUACUUGCCAAUCAGCAUCAAAGCUGUGCCAGAGGGCACGGUGCUGCCGUACAAAAACGUGCUUUUCACUAUGGAAAACACUGAUCCAAAGUGCUUCUGGCUUACCAAUUACUUGGAAACCCUGCUUGUUCAAACCUGGUACCCUACAACAGUCUGCACCCAGAGCCGCGAGAUGAAGAACAUCAUCGUCAAAUAUCUCAAGCAGACCGGAACCCCACAGGUGAUUGAUAACGGUUUGCACCUUUUCAAAAUGCAUGAUUUUGGUUUCCGAGGCGUCUCUUCCGUCGAGUCCGCCGCUACCGGAGGCGGUGCUCAUUUGGUCAAUUUCAUGGGCACAGACACCAUGGCCGCCCUGAUUAUGCUGAAGGAGUUCUACGGGGAACCUUGCGCCGGGUUCUCAAUACCCGCCUCCGAACACAGCACGAUGACGUCUUGGGGCAGGGAGGGCGAAGUUGAGGCCAUGAGAAACAUGCUGACCCAGUACCCGAAAGGGCUUGUUGCGUGCGUGAGCGACAGCUACGACAUCUUCAAGGCUUGCACCGACUACUGGGGGACCGAGCUGAAGGCAACGAUCGAGAAGCGCGACGGCGUCCUCGUCGUGCGCCCCGACAGCGGCGAGCUGCCAGGCAUCGUCCUGCAGGUGCUCGAGAAGCUCGAGAGUAAGUUCGGGAGCACGCAGACCGAGACGGGGCACAAGCUCUUGCCUCCAUGCAUACGCGUGAUCCAAGGCGACGGGGUGGAUAUCAAGUCUCUGGAGAUGGUCCUGGAGGCGAUGCACAAGGACAGAUGGGCUGCCGACAACUUGGCGUUCGGCAGUGGUGGCGCCCUUCUCCAGAAGAUGCACAGGGACACCCAAAAGUGUGCGUUCAAGUGCUCGUACGCCCUGAUCAAAGGCAAGGAUGUUGACGUGGUGAAGGAUCCCAUCACGGAUCCGGGCAAGAAGUCGAAGAAAGGAAGGUUGACCCUCGAGUUGCGCGACGGCGUGUGGACGACGGUAACCGAAGGCAAGGGUGACCCCAAGGUUGAUCAGCUGGUGGAGGUGUUCAAAGAUGGGCGGCUGCUGGUAGAUGAUACAUUGGAAACGAUCCGAAAGCGCUCUAAUGGCAUACAGUCGCCCCCGAACCAAGUCUCGAAGUCAUUUGGUGUAGUCGGGGACGUGUUCAACAAUAUAGUCCUGCUCACGGACUCUUAUAAGGUCACCCAUCAUUUGCAGUACCCUCCUGGCACUGAGAAGAUCUACUCCUACUUCGAGUGCCGCGGCGGUCAGUUCCCCGAGGUGUGCUUUUUCGGACUCCAGUACUACCUCAAGAAGUACAUGGUCGGACCGGUGGUCACGCCCGAGGCCAUCAAUGACGCCGAGGAAUACUUCAAGAUGCACUUCUCGCACCCGGUCUGGGGCUACGACAGCAAGCUGUUCAAUCGCGAGGCGUGGGAGUACAUCCUGAAGCAGCACGGUGGGCACCUGCCAGUUGUCAUCAAGGCGGUGCCCGAGGGGACAGUCCUCCCGUACAAGAACGUCCUGUUCACCCUGGAGAACACCGACACGAAGUGCUUCUGGCUCACGAACUACCUCGAGACGCUGCUGGUGCAGGUUUGGUACGCCACGACGGUGUGCACCCAGAGCCGCGAAAUGAAGAAGAUCAUCAUGCGGUACCUCAAGGAAACCGGCUCCGCGGCCGUGAUCGGGGGCGGCGGGCACAUGUUCAAAAUGCACGACUUCGGCUUCCGCGGGGUGUCCUCGGUGGAGUCGGCCGCGACUGGCGGCGGCGCGCAUCUCGUGAAUUUCCUCGGCACCGACACGAUGGCCGCGCUGGUGAUGCUGAAGAAGUUCUACGGGGAGCCGUGCGGCGGAUUCUCGAUCCCCGCCUCCGAGCACAGCACCAUGACCAGCUGGGGCAGGGAGGGCGAGGUGAGCGCGAUGAGGAAUAUGCUUGAGAUGUACCCCACGGGCCUCGUGGCGUGCGUGAGCGACAGCUACGACAUCUUCAAGGCAUGCACAGACUACUGGGGCACCGAGCUGAAGGCCACCAUAGAGAAGCGCGACGGCGUGCUCGUCGUUCGCCCGGACAGCGGGGAGUUGCCGGGAAUUGUGCUGCAGGUCUUGGAGAAGUUGGAGAGCAAGUUUGGAUCCACAACGACGUCCACAGGUCACAGGGUGUUGCCAGACUGUAUCCGCGUAAUCCAGGGAGACGGCGUAGACAUCAAGUCUCUGGAAGUCGUCUUGCAGGCCAUGAAAGACAACAAGUGGGCCGCAGACAACCUGGCGUUCGGCAGUGGUGGGGCACUGCUCCAGAAGAUGCACAGGGACACGCAGAAGUGCGCGUUCAAGUGCUCCUACGCGCUGAUCAAGGGUCAGGACGUCGACGUGGUCAAGGAUCCCAUCACCGACCCUGGGAAGAAGUCCAAAAAAGGCAAGCUGACCUUGGAGCUGAAUGGUGGGCAGUGGACGACUGUGACUGAGGGCAAGGGCAACCCAUCCCUGGACAAGCUCGUGGAGGUCUUCCGUGAUGGCAACCUGUUGGUGGACGACACGUUCGCCACCAUCCGCGAGAGGGCGAAAGUCCCAGCAUAGGCUGCGAGCACGGCUCCGAAGCACGUCCACCAGUGAGGUUGCUUUUGUAGGCAGUUUCGCGCCCUCACCGCCCUUGCAGCCACCGCCAUUUCGGGAACAUACUGCUUAAGCACAAGUAGUGUCACCCCCACAUGCACACAGGACAGGCAUACGCAACAGCCACAGGCAUCCAAGGGAUCUUCGUGAUAAGCGUGCUACUGGGGGAAAA